AUGUCCUCUACGGACCGUGCAAACCUCAGUGCAAACAUUGUCUCUACUCUCCAGGCCGGAUGCUUUGUUGGCGCUCUCCUUGCUGCUCAAGCGGCCGAUAAAUUUGGCCGUCGCCCCGUCCUUAUCUGGGCUGCAGGUGGUAUCUCCGUCAUUGGUGUCAUUCUUCAGGCUGCUGCUUCUGGUCACCUCGCAGCCAUGUACGUUGGCAGAUUCAUAUCCGGAUUCGGUACUGGUUUUGCGUCUAUGGUCAACCCCCUUUACGUCGCCGAAAACGCCCUCGAGCUAUUCGCGGUGGUCUGA